CCGGAGCCAGGCCGCUUCUGCGGCGGCGAGGUGGGGCGAGGCAAGGCUUGGUGAGGCGACGCGGCGGCCGGGCCGGGCCGGGCCACAAGAGGUGGCGGCGGGACCAUGGAGUCGGCGGCCGCUGCUCCGCGUCACCAGCUGCUUCUCCUCAUGCUGGUGGCGGCGGCGACGACGCUGCUCCCGGGGGCGAAGACAUUACAGUGUUUCUGCCAGCUCUGUACAAAAGACAAUUAUACCUGUGUGACAGAUGGGCUCUGCUUUGUCUCUGUCACAGAGACCACAGACAGAGUUAUACACAAUACCAUGUGUAUAGCUGAAAUCGAUCUAAUUCCUCGAGAUAGACCAUUUGUAUGUGCACCCUCUUCAAAAACUGGGGCUGUGACUACAACAUAUUGUUGCAAUCAGGAUCAUUGCAAUAAAAUAGAACUCCCAACUACUGGCCCUUUUUCAGAAAAGCAGUCACCUGGCCUUGGUCCCGUGGAGCUGGCAGCCGUCAUUGCUGGACCAGUCUGCUUUGUUUGCAUCUCACUCAUGUUGAUGGUCUAUAUCUGCCAUAACCGAACUGUUAUUCACCAUCGAGUGCCAAAUGAAGAAGAUCCUUCAUUAGAUCGCCCUUUUAUUUCAGAGGGUACUACCUUAAAAGAUUUAAUUUAUGAUAUGACAACGUCAGGGUCUGGAUCAGGUUUACCAUUGCUUGUUCAGAGAACAAUUGCAAGAACAAUUGUGUUACAAGAAAGCAUUGGCAAAGGUCGAUUUGGAGAAGUUUGGCGAGGAAAGUGGCGAGGAGAAGAAGUUGCUGUUAAGAUAUUCUCCUCCAGAGAAGAACGUUCAUGGUUCCGUGAGGCAGAGAUUUAUCAGACUGUAAUGUUACGCCAUGAAAACAUCCUGGGAUUUAUAGCAGCAGACAAUAAGGACAACGGUACAUGGACUCAGCUCUGGUUGGUGUCAGAUUAUCAUGAGCAUGGGUCCCUUUUUGAUUACUUGAAUAGAUACACAGUUACUGUGGAAGGAAUGAUCAAGCUUGCUCUGUCCACAGCAAGUGGUCUUGCCCACCUACACAUGGAGAUAGUUGGUACCCAAGGAAAGCCAGCCAUUGCUCAUAGAGAUUUGAAAUCAAAGAAUAUCUUGGUAAAGAAGAAUGGAACCUGCUGUAUUGCAGACUUAGGACUGGCAGUAAGACAUGAUUCAGCUACGGAUACAAUUGAUAUUGCUCCAAACCACAGAGUGGGAACAAAAAGGUACAUGGCCCCUGAAGUUCUAGAUGAUUCCAUAAAUAUGAAACAUUUUGAAUCCUUUAAACGUGCUGACAUCUAUGCAAUGGGCUUAGUAUUCUGGGAAAUAGCUCGGCGCUGCUCCAUUGGUGGAAUUCAUGAAGAUUACCAGCUGCCUUACUAUGAUCUUGUACCUUCUGAUCCAUCAGUUGAAGAAAUGAGAAAAGUAGUUUGUGAACAGAAGCUGAGGCCAAAUAUUCCAAACAGAUGGCAGAGCUGUGAAGCCCUGAGAGUGAUGGCUAAAAUUAUGAGAGAAUGUUGGUAUGCUAAUGGAGCAGCUAGGCUGACAGCUUUGAGGAUUAAGAAAACAUUGUCACAACUCAGUCAACAGGAAGGCAUCAAAAUGUAAUUCUGCAGCUUUGCCUGAACUCUACUUUUUCUUCAGAUCUGCUCCUGGGUUUUCAUUUGGGAGGCCAAUUGUUCUACCUCAUUGAGAGGGAACAGAAGGAUAUUGCUUCCUUUUGCAACAGUCUAAUAAGGUCAAUUAAAAACGUCCCAGGAUUUCUUUGGACCCAGAAAACAGCCAUCUGGGUCCUUUCUGUGCACUAUGAACGCUUCUUUCCCAGGACAGUUACAAAAUGUUGUAUAGUCUACCUUUAUUUUUUAUUAACAAAACUUGUUUUUUAAACGAUGAUUGCUUGUCUUAACUUUAGGUAACUGCUGUGAUGAAGAUCAUCUUUAAGGGCAAAGGAGCUGGACUAUUGAGUUAUUUUUAAAGAAAGUGAUUUACUCCUGGUUAGUAGUACAUUCUCAGAGGAUUCUGAACCACUAAAGAAUUUCCUUGAUUCAGUCUUUGAAUGUACUGUUCUAUAAUUUUUCAGGAUCUUAAAACAAAUACUUAUAAAACUCUUAUCUUGAGUCUAAAAAGGACCUCAUAUAGUAGUGAGGAACAUAAUUUAUGCAAUUGUAUUUUGUAUACUAUUAUUGUUCUUUCACAUAUUCAGAACAUUACAUGCCUUCAAAAUGGGAUUGUACUAUACCAGAAAGUGCCACUUUUGUGUCUUUCUAAUGGAAAUGAGUAGAAGUGCUUGAAGUCUCUGUGUUAAAACCUAUAGUGUUUGAAUUCAAAAAGUUUAUUUAUCUGAAUAACUCAAACCUUUUUUUUUGAAGGGAUUUUGUGGUAUGACAUUGAAAUUCCAUUUUGAAAAUGCCUUUCUCCUACCAAAAUGUGCUUGAACCACUAAAGAAAUGCUGUGGCAUUAAUAAGCCAAUUGUUACUAUGGUCAUGUUGGAAUAUUCUCACUUUGAGCUUUUUAGAGUUCAGUUGUGUUGUCUGAGUAUUUUUUAAAAAGUCAAGUGGCACUCUAGAUGCUUACAGUGCUUUAAUAAGUUAAUGUUCAUAGCAUAUAGACUAAUUUUUCUAUAAGGGAAAGUUUGUCUAGCUGCUUGUGAAAAGUUGUGUGGUAUUCUGUAAGCCAUUUUUUUUCUUUAUCUGAUCAACAACAGUGUUAUUUUUUUAAGAAAUGAAUUACAUUUAAAAUAGAAUAUGGUUAAUGUUAAGUAAUAGGCCUUUUAGAGAGGCAAAGGUAGUUAAUAACUCAAAAAGACGACAGAUGUGCGUGACAGGCACAUUUGUUAUGUAGGUGUAAGUGUUCUAUGGAUUCUCUGUCUUUGUAAGGUUAACAGUGUAGUUUUGAGGUCUCACUACAUUUUGAGGAAGGCAGCUUUUAAUUUAGUCUUUCCUUAUCUCAUAUGUGCAGAUACUGCAACUGCUUAAUUUACAUGGUUGCAUAAUAACUUCAGUGCACUCUCGAUAAUGGGAGAGGUGGUAGCUAGAGAACAUUCUGUAUGUAGGUUCUCCGUUUACAGAUGUUUUCAGUCAAAUCAAAUGUUUAAAGUAAACUUGUUAUGGUGUUCUCACAUCAAGUUAAAACUAUCUUAUGAUUAUUGUUUUUUACUUAAGAGUACUGUAAAGUCUGCUGGGCUUUUACAGUUUUCAAAGUCCUUUUUAUCACUGUGAUCUUAUUCUGAGGGGGGAAGAAAACUAUCAUAGCUGUGAGGCAAGACUUUGACUUCAUAGUGCUAUCAGUUCCCUGAUAAAAAGGUCAGAAUAACCUUUAUAGUCAGGAAGAAAUUGUGGCCAUUUAUGCUGAAUGAAUUGGAUUCUGAUAAUGUCUUAUAUCUUAUACCUAGAAUAAAUUUGAAAGACUACUUGGUCUUAAAACCAAAGUAAUUCUAGAAGGAAUGACAUUACAUAGGAAUCUAGUGUCAAUUUCAUGUGAUUAAAACAUCAUGGGGAAAAUGUUCUUAGAGGUUAAUAUUUUGACUACAAUUUUUUCUGUAGUCAGUCAUGAUUUCAUUGAAACAAAUGAAUAAGUUUGAGAGGUUUGUUUUUAUAGUUGUGUUAUAUUACCUGUUUAAUAAUCUCUAGUUCUAUGAUCAGGUACUUUGGGGGGCAUUUCUUAAGCCUACAAGAUCUGCUUUAUGAAAUCCAGGGGACCAAUGCAUUUUAUCACUAUAACUAUUUUUAUAUAAUUUUAAGAACAUACCAAAAGUUGUCUGAUUUAAAGUUGUAAUACAUUAUUUCUCGCUUUCAUAUAAGGUAAUCAACUUUUGCUAAAGAUAGUCCUCAUUACAUCAAAGAUUGAGUUAUUAUUAUACUGUUCUUGCCUAAGUCGAUAAAAUGUACUUUUUUAUGAAUCAGGGAAUUUUUUUUAAGUUGGAGUAUAGUUCUAAAUUCAGUUUACAUCUUACUGCAUCUAAUUCUUUUUUUUUUUUUUGGUACCGGGGAUUGAACUUGGGACCCUUGCACUUGCGAGGCAGGCGCCGGAACCACUGAGCUAAAUCCCCCGCCCUGCAUCUAAUUCUUAUUUUGGCUAGGGACAGCUUGAUGAACCCCAUUUGGUUAACACUGAAAAUGAAAGUUACUUAAAAGAUCAUAUGGCUCGUGAUUACUGUGGCCAUGACUGCAGAUAAAUUUGACUGGAGUAAUACUUUUAUCGUUUAGAAACAUAGUCCUUUGUUUAUAUUGCCUAUCCUAAAAUGCUCACCUUCGAAGAUUUAGUGUGACUAAAACAUGUCUUUUGGCACAUGAUUUUGUCAGUACCCCAAAGGAGUGAAAAUGGGGCAAGUAUGACUUAUUGGGACAUAGAUCUCCCUGGCCCUUCCUUUCUUCGUGUCUUCAGCUCUGUUUCUCCCAAGCUACCUUCCUGCUGGACCCGGUCUCAGCGACCAUUACCUCUCACCCGCACCCUCAGACUUUUGACUGAAGUGUUGCUUUUGAGGCCCUGGAGUAAGAUGAUUGAUGGAAGUUGUGGGAAAUACUUCCGUUUUCUUGAAUCAUUGGUUGUGUCAGGGAAGGGUCUCCAAGUAUGGAGAUGAGGCUUGGGAUGCUCCUGCUGGUUGCCCUGCUUUCACUUCAGCCAUAGACAAGAAGUAGGGUGGCAGGUGUGACAGUGGGAGUUGUGCCAGAAGCAGUGGCCAGUUACAUCCCAAGUAGAACAGUCAGGCCUGAAAUGCUGGGCCUGUAAUUAUGCUGUAAUGAUAGUGCUCGAGAAGUGCCUUGAGUCAGUAUACAGUGCCACGACUAUCAAGAAUUUCAGAUUUCAGUUCUUACUGAAGUGAUCAUUUGACCAAUUGCAGCCUUGAUGAGCUACUUUUUUUUUCUCUAUGUCUGAGACCUGUCAGAUAUAGACUGUAUUCUAAAACAAAUGACAAAGUGCUAAUUACCACACAUAAAAUCAGUAUCGUAUUAGAUGUAUCAAACUUACUUUUUUUCCCCCAUGCACUGAAGGAAUGAUGGUAAAUCACCUGUUUCUUUUGUUUCUUGAUUGUGGCAGUGUUCUGGCUCUAAAUGGUGGAGAUUCCAAAUAAUGGUUCUGUUACAGCUUGGCAGAAAAAUACUCAAGUAUUUUGAGAUCCUAAAGAAUAGCACUGGACAUGUACUGCAGCUUCUUGUGUCUGUUUUGGAAUGCUGGAAUAUGGCCCUCUCUAGGAAUGCUGGGUUCCUAGGAUGUUAGGAUUGUCAGUACAUUAUUUUCAAUCUCAUUAUGCAAUCUAAUUUGUAAAUGUAAGCUUUCUAAAAAGUAUGGUUAAUAACAUUCAACCUGUUCCUUAAAACUUAAAAAAGAAACAGUAAAUUUGUUUUUUAAUAAGAUUUUUGUGCAUUGAGUAUCAUGAACCAUGUUUUGAUAUCCCCCUUUUCACAUUGUGCCAAUGGAAUGGGGUGUUUGAUAUUUCUUUAUAUGUCAAGGAGAUGCUUCAAAAUGUCAAUUGCUUUAAACUUAAAUUACCUCUCAAGAGACCAAGGUACAUUUACCUCAUUGUGUAUAUAAUGUUUAAUAUUUGUCAGAGCAUUCUCCAGGUUUGCAGUUUUAUUUCUAUAAAGUAUGGGUAUUGUGUUGCUAAGUUACCUAAAUGGUACUGUAUUGUUUAUAUUGUUCCCCAAAUAACAUCAUCUGUACCUUUUGUUUUCUGUAUUUUAUUGUAUUUGUGCAGAAUUCUUUUGACUUUAUCAGUGUAAGCUCUGCCCUUUCAGAUAUGUACAGAAAAUGUCCGUAUAAAUUUUCACUUACGUUGAAUGAUUUUGAGAAGCUGCAAAGGAGAAAAAAACAUAAACUGCAUUUCCCCGUAAGUUUUAAAAAAUUGUAUAUUGUAUUUGUAGUAAUAUUCCAAAUGAACUGUAAAUAGGAAAUAGGAGAGUGAUGUUUAAGUCCUAACACUACAGUAGAAAAAUGGAAGCAAUGCAAAUAAAUUACUUUUUUUCCCAAA